AUUAACACCCUGUUCUUGUGCUGUCAUCCAUUGCGAAAGCCAUGACGUGUUCCUUCCAAGAACCCCUUCUGAUCCCCUCUUUCCAUAUAUAUGUGUGUGUUCAUUCACUCCCUUAACCCACCCAUAGACAACGGUGAGUCAGCGAUCAAAUCUGUUCUUAAUAAUCUCUCUUUCUCUAAAAUCACAAGCAACAAAGGGCUCUUCAUCAAUGGCAGGGAUUGGCAGAGGGGCUGCUUUUGAAGAUUUGCUGCCGGUGAUGGCUGACAGACUGGGUGGCGAUGGGCUAAUAAGGGAGCUGUGUAAUGGGUUUCAGUUGCUGAUGGACAAGGACAAGGGGGUGAUCACUUUGGAGAGCCUGAGGAGGAAUUCUGCGCUUCUGGGUCUACAGGACUUGAAGGAGGACGAGCUUGUGAGCAUGGUCAGGGAAGGUGAUUUGGACGGCGAUGGGGCGCUAAAUCAGAUGGAAUUUUGUGUCUUGAUGUUCAGACUCAGCCCUGAGUUGAUGGAGGAGUCUCAGUUCUGGCUUGAGGAGGCCGUGGAGGCUGAGCUCAACUAGCCGAUCCGUUGAUUUGUGGAAUAUUAUUCCCUACCGUACAUAUUGUUGUAAUUGAGAAAAUCUUUCUUUGUAAUUCAAAUUCUUUUGCCUAUCAGCUUAAAUUCUUGAAAUAAAGUGAUAAUUUGAUAA